AUGCCGCAGGAGCUCACAGGUGCAUCUCUACCUCCUAAAGUGUCAGGCCACCAGCGUGGUAUUGUAACGCUUUGUGUGGCGCAUAUUCUUCCCAGUGCUGUGAGCUCCUCGCCGCUGCCGCGGGAGUCGCUUGUUCGCGUGCGUUGGUGGGGAGAGGAGGCGCCCGGGAGUCUCUUUCGACCGAGUCUUCUAUCAGGAGAUGGAGAAGCUCACACGGGGCCCUCGUACUCACCUCACCGAAUUAUUGCAAUGAAAUAUCCUGUAAACGUCCAGCCGGAGCAGCUUUUGGAAUAUUUCCACGACAUGGGACACUUGACUCUGGACGUGAUCGACCGAGACUCGCGGAGGAAAUUCGGAGAGUGCUGGUUACCUCUAGAUUUGCAUAGAGACAACCAGAACAGAGAGCUACUAGCUGAAGCUGACGCACAAGCCUUGGCCUCUCAAUGGGAAAAAGUGUUGACUGAUGACGGACGUCUGUCAAGCUCCGAGAACGACAGUGAAUUUGCCUUGUCUUCAAUCAGCUCCAACUCCAGCGCAGUGCAAGAGAACCAAGUUGGUGAGUCUGGCUCCGCCUUUUCAGUUUCUGGACUUGACCGACCUCAGCAGCGAGAAGUACAACAGAGGAUACAGCACCGAGAAGUGUUGAAGAACAGUAUGAGCGCUUACAAAUCCUUCCAGUUGGCGGUGAAACUUGAGGGCGUGUCGAAUAUCAUUGAAACUUGGCUUCAGCCUGCGAAGAAUGCCGAGCGUAGGCUUCUAGGCUUGUCAAAGGUGCCGUUGAAACAGCUAGCCGGGCUCUUCAGUGUGGACGGCAUCUUUCCCAUUGAGGACCCGUUCUCUGUGACCACCGCAAGAGGUGGACUGGACGUGCCUGGCUUCGACAGUAAAGUCGAUACGGACGAGAAGCACAUGGAGUCUUCAUCUGCAGAUCGGGAAGGCUACAACGAUGCAUCGGAGAACAGACCAGCGAUGCGCAAAAUUCGAUUUGACAUUCGUGAAAGCUGGCGAGCUGUGAUGCAGCAGAAGAGUAACCAGCAGCAUCGUGGGUGGAGUGCUUCCCCACUUUUGGGAUGCGAGAUGCAGGGACAAUUGAGUCAGGUUCUCUUUGCAUUACACGUGGAAAAUGGGUUCUUUGGAACGCAGUCGCGCGAGACUAUCAUGGGUGAGGCGAGGCUGAAUUUGUACGAAUCAUUUAAGAAGCGACUACCAAAGCGCCAGGACGUUGAUGUCGCUAUGGAGAAUUUCGAACUCCUCGUUCUGCCGCUGUCUCGACAGAUCGGCAUUUGCACCAAUCUUGCAAUGAAUACUCGGUGCCGUACUCAACACCUUCAGCGCGAUGCCUGCAUCCUCUGGAUCAACCACCGACGUCUCGCUCGCAGAUUUGUUGACACACAAGGCCGGGACAGUUUUCUUUCCGAAACAGAGAUGCCGCUUGACCAAAGCACUGGAUUAGAGCUCACGCAGCUGAGCCAAGCUGAUGCGGUAGACACUGUGGUGGAUCACAGUCUGGAACUCGAAGAUCUGUCGAGUAGCGAUGACCUUGUAUCAAUUGAGACCGCGAGAAUUGAGUAUGUUGAAAAGGCCGUUCAAGUGGAUCUACUCGAGUUGGAACUUCCAGUCGAGAUGGUGACUUGUGCGGUCCAGACUGCCCCAUUUGCAGCCUCGAACGAUGAAUGUAAUAGCAUCAUUUCUGAACGUAGCGAUGAUAAGAAACACCUUGACGAUCGCGAUGAGGAGGCGAAGACAACUGUCGACGUAGGCUGCGAUGCAGUGGAUAUUGCUAGUGAGAAUCAUUUCGAAUCGGAGGAAGCUGCACACCCGUCUUUGUCUUCUUCGAAGCAAGAACCGGAUGACGUAACGGCGGACGUGGAAACUGAAGAGAGCGUUGUUAAUUUGCCAAGUGAGACUUCGAGUAAGCCAGAAUCUGAUCCCAGGGAAGUGGAGCUACAGUCCGACGACAUUUCCUCUAGCAGUAGCUUUGUAUCCGACAUCGGCUUUGUGGACGAGGCCGUUCAAGCAGAUCCAUUCGAGUUGGGGCUUCAGGUAGAGAUGGUGGAUUGCUCGGUUCAGACUUCCUUUACUGUAGACUCUACGGUUCCUGAAGAAAGUGACGACGGAGCAAACCUUGGAGAUCGUGCCGAGGAGCAAAAGUCAACCGUUGAUGUUGGGUGCGACGCGAUUGGAUUCACGGACGAAAGUCAUGAUCAAUUGGAGGAAGACGAGUCCCAGAUUUUGGCGACUACGCCCUGCAAGAAUGACGAAACUGAGGGACUUGUUGUACCAAGCGCUCAAGAUCUCGUUGAUCGUAUGAGCAAGUCUCUCUCCGUCGAGCAACCGACACACACCACGUUACCAAACGAGAAACUGGACCUGAUGUAUGAAAUGCUGCGCGAGAUGCGUGGCAUAUACGUGCAACAGCCAGUAGUAGAGCCUAGUAUCGCGAAGCUAAAAGAGGUUUCUGAGGACCACAACCGUGUCACAGAGAAGAGCAAGUCGCUGGUGUACCAAACCAGAAAGAUCCGAGAUAAGCAUAGCAGUUGUCCCAGCUCUCCCAUUUCACGAGUCUCCAGUGCUCACCGUGAACGACCAACCCCCUUGGUCAAAGUGAGGAAACGAGUACUCACUCAUCUGCGCAUUCUCUUUUCGCGCAAGACUCGGAGACCGAGCGCAUCGCUCGAAUAA